AUGGAUUCCCAAGUAGCAUGGAAUGUGCGAAGGACGGGCAAAGAUGUCACGGGCUGGUCAAGCUCAACCAGCAAUUGUUGCGGAACAAGCCCGCUUAUUUCCAUAUCUGCAGCAACAACUGACCGGGAGAUUGGGAAACCAACCAGCCCAUCCCAUCACUAUCUCAAAGAUUGGGGCAAAAAUGCAGAGUUUAAAUGCAUGCUUGCAUCCGACUGGAGUGUGACUGUCGAUCUCUCCCGUUACUCACUUUUUUUUACUUUACUCACCUUCCAGCCUGUGACAAAACUGCUCCAAACCGGCACUUAA